CAAGUUAACUUUGCGGACAAGCGAUUUCUUCCUUGUACUGACAACAAGAGUAUGUCGCUAUUAUGAAAGAGGAACGGGUCGAACGGAUGUUUGGCCUGGCUUAGUAUCGGUUGCAGUUUCUAGACUAUUUGUCGCCUGAGCUUUUUGAGCGUGCUAUGUUUCUUUUUAACUGAGUAGACAGCACCUGGUCAGCUGUCACUGAUGCACGUCUCCUGUGAUUCUAGCUGACUGAAGUAGUAGUAGGGGUCUCUCUGAAAGACACCGAGUUUGGCAAAAACGUUUUGCCCCCUUCUGCGGCGGGUUCGCAGCCGACAAAAUCCUCCUACUUGGCUACUUUAUCAGGCAUGGAGGAACACAGUAGUGUGAACGCAGACCUCCCUCCGCCGACAGACAGACAGGGACGGGUGGCUAAAUGGAGGAACGUCCUUGGUUUCUGGUUGCUGGGCCUGUGUAAUAACUUCGCCUACGUUGUGAUGCUGAGCGCGGCGCAUGACAUUCUGCAGCAGCAGGAGGGCAACAACACUACACUUCCGACUCCUCCAUCCUCUCUCCCUCCAUCUCAUCCGGAGCCUCACAGUAACAGCAGCGGCCGAUAUGACUGCAACCCCACGUCCACAGCGGCCGUGCUGUUGGCUGAUAUCCUCCCGACUCUUGUCAUCAAACUCACGGCCCCGUUCUUCAUCCACGCCGUGCCUUAUGGAGUCCGUGUGUUGGUGUGUAUCGCCACGGCUACGGCCAGCUUCCUGGUGGCGUCCUUCUCUGUGAGCGUCUGGCAAAGCAUUUUGGGAGUCAUCUUUGCCAGUGUGAGUUCAGGCCUGGGGGAGCUGACCUUCCUGUCGCUCACAGUCUUCUUCGACAGGUCGGUUUUGAGUGGGUGGGGUUCUGGUACAGGGGGGGCUGGAGUGGGCGGAGCUCUGCUUUACUCGGGCCUGACGCAGGCGGGACUCUCUCCUCAACUCACCCUGCUCAUCAUGCUAUUGGUCCCCGCUGCUAUGUCACUCAGUUACUACUUCCUGCUGCUGUUCCCGCCCUCCUUCCCCCAGUGGAGCUCAAGGGGGCGGGACCAGGGCUGCUGCGCCGGGGUGGGGGUGGGCGUGGUCUCCCGUGAACACCGACCACUCAUUGAGGACGAGGAUGAGGAACCAGGAGAGGAUCCAGACAUGACGGACAGCCCAGUAGUGAAGACAGGAGGCCUCACCUGCACAGAGAAACUGAUCAUCAUCAAGGGCCUGAUGAGGUUCAUUGUGCCUCUUGCGGUGGUUUACUUUGCUGAGUACUUCAUCAACCAAGGACUGUUGGAGUUGUUGUUCUUCCCAGAUUCCGCCCUGACACACGCACAGCAGUACAGAUGGUACCAGACACUGUACCAGGUCGGUGUGUUGGUGUCUCGGUCUUCGCUGUUCUGCUUCAAGAUCCGCUGGGUUGGAGUACUGUCUGCACUACAGUGUGUGAAUGCGGUGGUGUUGACUCUAGGUGUGUAUUACUCCUUCAUGACGAGUGUGUGGAUCGUCUUUGCCAUCGUCUUCUAUGAGGGACUUCUGGGGGGAGCCGCAUACGUCAACACAUACUACUACAUAAGCAUGGAGAGUGGGGAUCGUGAGCGGGAGUUCUCUAUGGCGGCUGCGAGUGUGGGAGACAGCCUGGGCAUCUCAAUAUCAGGAGCAGUGGCCAUGCCUUUGCACACAUACUUCUGCUCUCUAUAACACACACACACACACUCACACUUUCACAAACACACUCACACACAAACACACACAUUCUCACAAACACACUCAGUCACACACAGACACACAGACACACACACACACACACACACACGCUCUCUCUCUCAUGCUGUCGAUGCGUCUGCAGAGACUGUUUUUACUGAAAUUGUUGCUGCUCUACCUAAGACUGUGCGUGUGUGUGUGCAUGUUUGUUUACGUCUUUCUGACUGCCUUAAUAGCUGCCUUGUGUGUGCGUGUGUGUGCGUGUGCGUGUGCGUGUGCGUGUGUGUGUGUGUGUGUGUAAGAAAGACAGAUGAGUUUAAUAAUUCCAGUAUAAAGCUUUUCUUAUGGGUUUUUCUUGGGUUUUAUCUUUUUUAUUUUCUUUUUAAUGUUAUCAUCUUAUUGUAAUUUGAUUUUUGUUUUAACUAUUUCUUGCUUUUAUUGCUUUUGUGUGUUUGUGUUAAGACGGUUACAUUCCUAAUCAGUGUGUGUGUGUGAGUGACUGAGUGAGUGAGUGACCUUCUGAAUUCCUAAUGACUGUACCACUAAUCGUGUGUGUGUCUGUGUGUGUGUGUGUGUGGGGUCCAUGAGAAUGCAAAUUAGACAAAUAGUAUGUGCAUGUGUGAUACACACACACACACAGACACACAGACACACACACACACACACACACACACACAGGGUACGCAAUACUGUAUAGUUACUGACAUUUGUUGUAUUCUGCUUUGCGUGUUGGAGAAUCGUCAUUAAUAGAAAAUCAACAUGUUUACAUCUGCAAAUGGAAAUAAAAAGUACAUGCUAAA